AUGGUCGCAAUCAAUGGGGCCGACUCCCCGUCGCCUUCCCCCGACGCGACCGUGCUGCAAGUGUCAGUGGUUCAGGGCCGGAACUUGCAGCUUCCAGGCGGCGUGCAGGACAAAGGCGGAGCCACGGUGUCGCUCUCUCAGGGAAAAAACCAGGUGAAGACAGCAGCGAAGACGGGAGCGGCUCCCAAGUGGCUCCAGGACUUUAAGAUUCCUCUGGACUACUCGCCUGGUGCUUCCCUGCCGCAGCCAGGCGACGUCGUUCUCCAGAUAGCAAUUACCUCACCUGACACGGGAGACGAAGUGCUGGCCACGUGUGAUGUUGACGUGGCAGAUCAGCUGCAGGGCGGCACAGUGGUGCGCUGGUAUCAAAUCAAGGACAAGGACGGCGCUGGGGUCGGCGAAGUUUGUCUUGUUCUGCGGAUUGCGAAGCCUGCCGCCUUGCGUCCAGGUGGUGCUUCCCCCAGCCACCCCAAGAGCAGCGUCGCCAGUCAACUGAACAGAAACCAUUCUGCAGCGGUCAUUGACCAAACCACCCAAACCACUCAAACCACCGAAACCAUCCAAACCACGCAAACCAGCAAAACCAUUCAGACCAACCAUGAGACGUCCCUAGCAGUGUCCAGUGAGGGGGGUACGGCUGUUGUGGGGCGUCUGGAGAGGCGCAGCAACAUCCAGAGCGGGAGACUCUCGGCACAGAGCUCUGCUGAAGGCACAGGGGAAUCCUCAGGUGAUUCCUCAGGUGCUGUCGCAGCAGCAGGAGCAGACUCACCUGGUGCUGCUUCUGGUGAUGGGUCACCGUCAACCUCCCAACAACAGCAGUCCUCCUGGUCGGGAGCUUGGCGGUGGGGAGACCGACAAAACAAGGGCAGCAGCUCAGACAAGGCAAUGGGGUCCUCUGCGGGCUCUUUGUUCCAAGGCAGGGCGCUGAAUAGCUCUGCCCGGCGGGCUGACGAGGCUGCGAGUCCAAAGGCGCGCAGCAAGGGGGGGGAGCGUUGA